AUGUACAACAAUGCCAACGAGAAUGAAGUCUGCAAAAGGUCACGGCAUUUCCACAUCAAGAAAGCUAUUAGGAAACCAAAACAGUUGAGUUCCAUUAACACGGAAGAGACAGAGCUAUCAACUCCCGCUGCCAUUAAGACUGAGACCAAACUCCCUAGCACAAUUUUCAAGGCUCUGCCUCUCCUAUGCGGAGGAGCCGCGCCGCCCGCACCCCGGGACAGCAGCGCGUCCCAGGAGGAGCAGGAUGAGGAGCUUGACCAUAUAUUAUCCCCUCCACCCAUGCCUUUUCGGAAAUGCAGCAACCCAGAUGUGGCUUCUAGCCCUGGAAAGUCACUGAAGUAUCAAAGACAGCUGAGUGAGGAUGGAAGACAGCUGCGACGAGGGAGCCUGGGAGGGGCUCUGACUGGGAGGUAUCUCCUGCCGAACCCGGCGUCUGGGCAGGCCUGGCCGGCCUCCGCCGAGACCUCCAACCUCGUGCGCAUGCGCAGCCAGGCCCUGGGCCAGUCGGCGCCGUCUCUCACGGCCCCCCUGGAAGGGCAGCCUCCGAAGAGCCAUUUCAACUCAGCCAGACAUCGCCAGAGACUAGUGGACCCAGCUGCUUCAAAA